AGACUAUCGACACAAAAAAUUGUUCGUAUUCAGAAUUUGUGCUUUGACGGUUUUUAACUAACUCUAGCUGCUCUAGCUCGUGAAAUGGUUAAAUUAACUUUUUUGUUCGCAACGCUGACAGCUGUGAUGGUGGCCAAAACAUGUGCAUGGGUGCCUGGAGAAGCGCAAUGUGGAUGCUUUAAUUUGGCUCAAGUGGACAAACCCAGCAGUAUCUCAGAAUGUUAUCCCAAAUUUAAGUUUUUGAAUCAAAUCUCCGUAAACUACAACAACUUGUUAACCGCAUUGUUUAUAAACGGCGGCCCUUAUAACUGCAAUUUUACGCAAUACAUAAGGAACGUAUAUGGAAUGAAAGAUCUAACGGUGGGGAUAGUCGACGCUUAUUUUUCAUGUAAUAAAGCUGAUUGUACAUCAGCAAUUAUGGCAGCCUAUGGAAAAUUCGUCGAUUUUAGGACAAGCACUUUCAAUCCUUACACGAUAUGUUCCAUGACCAAUUUAAGUCCAGAUUGUGCGCAGGUCUUACUACAAGUUCGACCUCCAGUGUACGGCUCUGCUGAAAAUAUUUUGGUGGCAAUGCUAACUUGUGCGAAGCUAAAAGCACAGGAACCUAACGGAAUAGUACAGGUAUCUCCAGCCGUCAGUUUUAGACAAUUCAUCUUAAGUAACAAAGUUUCUGAAUGCAACUGUAUUACAAUUGACCCGCGACCCAUUCCGAAAAGUAAAGAAGAAUGUUUUUCUGCAGAUUACAUUGCGACAGUCAGAAACUUUAUCAAUGUCAAUUUUGGUAGAGUUAUCAGCACCUAUAACAUGACAAAGGAUUCGUGCGAUUAUAAGGAGCUAUUGGGAUACAUACAACAAUUACAGAACGUCGCCCUAGAAGGAACCACAUUACUUGAAUCAACUAGCUCGAAUUUGACUCAGGUCGACACAAUUUAUAACAAAUAUAAAGGUUUACUCGCUCAGUACAACCCAGCCGUACGGCAAUUCAUUUUAAGUAAUGAUCAAUCUUGUUAUUUCAAUGUAAGAAAAUCUAGAGUAUCACCAUUGACAAUUACCGAUGCUGUCGUAUCAAUUCUGACCAAAUGUAUCCAAUAUGUUGACGUUCCGAACAAGCGAUGCUAACGAGAAAUAAAAUGCUACAAAAUUACCCAACUGUAGGACAAUUUGAUUUAUUUACAGCUAGCUACGCUGUUGGUAUCACCAAUUAAUAAAUGAUAGAUUC